UGACAGCUCGGGUAAGAACAGGAAGAAACGUUCAGUGGCGUACAGCCGUGUAAAUAGUGAACAGAGGAUGCUAGGUGUGGAACCCGACAAAAGGGCGGCUGCUGCUGGCUGACUGGAGCCAGGAUGAGACCUCCUCCCGUACCGGGAGUUUUACGUUUUUUGCCGCUGCCUGAGAGCCUGUAGCCAUGGAUGAACAAGGCUCCAACAACACCUCCUUCCUCAACUACGAGGAUCUGGAGACCUACCUGAACCGGCACAACUCCAAGUUCAUCUGGCUGCUCGUUGCCACCAUUCUGUCCUGUGGAUGGAUCAUCUAUUUAACUUAUUACAACUCUCGCAACAUUGGCCUCUUCCUCACCCUCAUCAUCAACCGACUUUACAAGGGAGGCUACAUUCACAUCGGUUCGUUCUCCUUUUCUGUGCUGUCGGGGAAAGUCAUGUUCAGAGACGUUUACUACAUCAACCAGGACAUGUCCAUCAGGAUCCAGGAUGGCUUCCUCAUAUUUCGCUGGUGGAAAAUGUAUAACCCAAAACAAAAGCAGCAUGAUCCCAAAGCGGAGACGAGGCUGUUUGUGACGGUGAACGGCUUCGAGUUCCAUGUCUACAACCGGACCGACCUGUACGCCCGGCUGCAGGAGACGUUCGGCCUGGAGCCCACGCUGCUCAGCACCCGGCGGGACGAGGAGAAGGGCCCGGAGCCACGGAACCACGACCAGAACCAGGCUCUGGACAGUGUGAACAUCCAGACGGAGAGUCCCGAGCCGUCGUCGUCAUGGCGAUCCCUCAUCCCAGUGAUCAAGCUGAACAUCAGCACUGGCCGCCUGGCGUUCGGGAACCACCACCUGCCUCAGACGCUGUGUGUGAACUUCGAGGACGCCUUCCUGACCUACGCCACCAAGCCGCCGUCCAGCCACCUGGACCAGUUCAUGCACAUCGUCAAAGGGUCGCUGGAGAACGUGCGCGUCAUGCUGGUUCCCAGUCCUCGCUACUUGGGCCUGCAGAACGACGAGCCUCCCAGACUGAUGGGCGAGGGCUUUGUGGUGAUGCAGUCCAACGACGUGGACAUCUACUACUACCAGGAUGAACCCGGCCUGGUCCCCGUGGAGCAGGACGAGUCGGAGGAGGCUGAGACGAGCAGUGAGGACGAUAAGCUGCAGGACCUCCCUCCAUGUUGGGGUCUGGACAUUGUCUGUGGAAAGGGGACAGACUUUAACUACGGGCCGUGGGCCGACCGCCAGAGGGACUGUCUCUGGAAGUUCUUCCUGCCGGCCGACUACCAGGCCAUGAAGGUGAGCGAAGUGGCCCAGCCAGGAAAAGCCCGGCAGAUCCAAGCCUUCGAGCUUCGCAUGAACAUCAUCGCUGACGCCACCAUCGAUCUGCUCUUCACCAAAAACAGGGAAACCAAUGCCAUCCAUGUGAACGUAGGCGCCGGCUCCUACCUGGAAGUCAACAUCCCCAUGACUGUGGGAGAGAAUGGCUACUCCCCCACCAUCAAAGGCCAGCUGCUGCACGUGGACACCACCAGCAGCAUGCAGUACCGGACGCUGCUGGAGGCCGAGAUGCUGGCGUUCCACGUGAUCGCCAGUUACCCCUGCGUGUGGAACAUGCCCCAGUCCUGGCAGUGCGAGAUUGAGGUCUACAAGGCCACGUACCACUUCAUCUACGCCCAGAAGAACUUCUUCACAGAUCUGAUCAAGGACUGGGCGAGCGACAGUGCGCCGGAUAUUUACUCCUUUGUGCCAUAUUCCUGGAAGUUUAAGAUCUUAUUCCACCAGUUUGAGAUGAUUUGGGCGGCGAACCAGCACAACUGGAUCGACUGCUCCACCAAGCAGCAGGAGAACGUGUACCUGGCGGCCUGCGGCGAGACGCUCAACAUUGAGUUCACGCUUCCUUUCACCGAGUUCGUCCCCGCCACCUGCCACACCCGCUUCAGCCUGAGGGCUGAGGACACGGACAUGCGGCUGUCGCUGCCGGAGUGCCACCCCAGCCGCUACCCGCUGCUCACCGUGGCCAAGGACUACCAGAGCGUCAAGCACCCUGGCGACGGCGCGGCGUCCGGAGACGGCCACGGAGCCCCGUCCUCCAAAACCAGCAAGCCGCGCUGGAGGAACGUCACCAUAGCAGAGGCCGGCUGGGUGGACUGCUGGAGCGUCCCAAACUUCCUGCUCAUCAUCGACUACACCUGGCAUCCCAUCUACCCCCAGAAGGCGGACGAGCAGCUCAAGCAGUCGUUCUCAGAGAUAGAGGAGUCCAUGCUGUCGGCGAUCCGCCCCCCCGACCAGGGUGCAGCACCACGAUUACCCUGCGGUCCCACCCCAGCCGCGCGGCUCCCCGCCGACCCGUCGGACCUGCCGCCCGACCGGCUGCAGGUGGAGAUGGAACUGUCUCCGGACUCCCAGAUCCUCCUGUAUGGGCCUAUGUUGCGUGCCCUCAUCGCCAUCAAGGAAAACUACUUCGGGGAGGACGACAUGUACACGGACUUUGAGGAGGCCGUGUCCAGCCCGGUGCCGUCCUUGGUCACUUCAUCGGGCCUCGGCUACACUUCGACUCCUGGAGUGGGGGACGGCGAUCACGGCCACCCCCUGGACCUGCGGCCCUGGGAUAUCACCGUACUGAUCAACCUCUACAAGGUCCACGGCCGGCUGCCAGUGCACUGCAGCAGUGAAGGUCCAGAAGGCCCAUCCGGCUUCCUGGAGCGCCUCUGCUUCGAGAUGAAGAAAGGCUACAAGGAGACGAUGCUGCAGAUGAUCCUGUCGCCCAUUCACAUCUUCGUCAGCGACAACUACCAGCGCCCCACGGCGGACGGCAUGCUGAGAGACGGACAUCUGAGUCUGUCCGGGCUGCAGAUGAGGGCGCACGCCAUGUUUUCGGCUCAGGGCCUCCCUCUAGGCAGCGACACGCUGGAGUACGCCUGGCUCAUCGACAUGCAGGCCGGGGCACUGACCGGCAGGGUCACGCUUCCUCAGCUGGGUAGCAUGGUUGAGUGGGCAGAGACGUUCGUUUUCCACGUGGUUUCCAGAGAGUUCCAGCUGGAGCAACCCAAACCCUCCAUCAUCUGCCAGCAUGGCGUGGACCGCCGCAUCUGUGCCAACAAGCUGGGCCGCCUGCCCGGCCACUGCCGCACCUCAGAGGAGCUGAAGUACACCAUGACCCGUCUGGCGCUGGACGGAGUCGACCUCUUCGUCGUGGAGCAAGGCUGCGCUGCCAGUGUCAAGACGGCUGCAGUCCGGGUUUCCACCUGCAACCUGCACAACCAGGCGGUGGGGGAGGGCAUCAGCGCCGUGGUGCAGGACGUCAACAUACGGCAGUACAUCGAGCAGCAGCAGCCGGGUCAGGGGCAGCCUCCCCUGCUGCGCCGCUCCGUCUGGCUGGAGGCGGGCUCGGUCAACCUCAACCUCAUCACGGCAGACAUCGCGUUGGCGGCCGACCACCCGGCCAAGUGUGACGUCCAGAGACACUUCCUGGAGCUGCAUGAUGCGCAGACCAGAAGGCUCUGGUUUCUGUGGCCCGAUGAUGCAAGCUGUAAGCCUCCAGGUGCCCCAGCGCUCCCACAGCUCCGCCUCCUCCUCCGAGGAACCAACAUGGGUCUGGACCUCAGGCUGCCCCUGCUGGCAGACUCACCGCCCUCCUCUUCCAGUGCCGAGUCCGACAUGAGCUACGGCCAGUCGCUGCUGCAGCCCACCGAGUGGAUCGUCACAAAGGAGAUGCCCAAAGUGGACGGUGCUGCUGUAACAGGCGUGCUGGGCGACGUCCCCGAGGCGUCCCCGCUCUCCCCCGGCUCCCAGGACCUCGCCGCGGUGCGCUCGCCGCUCUGUUCGCCGCUGCGCCGCCAAUCUUCAGUCCAUUCGGGUCGGCUGGGCAGCACCAAGAGCCUGUCGGCCGCCGUGUUCACCGACAAGCCACCGGCCGCGCUGACCUCCGCCGGCGGCGGCGUAGGCGUCCAAUUCAGCAGCGAGGUCUCACGUAGCGACGAGAACGUCCUGGACUCGCCCCGGCAGCGGCGCAGCUACGGCUCGUUCCCCUUCACGCCGUCGGCCGACUCCAACACCUUCCACCAGUACCGCUCGGCCGACUCCAGCAUGUCGGUGGCCGAGAGCGAGGCCUACUUCUCCGCCACCGAGGACUUCGAGCCGAUCAGCAGCGCCGACGAGGGACCCGGCACGUACCCAGGCCGCAAGAAGAAGCGGCGGCAGCAGAUGCAGCAGCCGCAGCAGCCGCCGUACCGCAUGGAGAGCUACAGCCGCAGCUCCAUCUACCACAGCGUGGAGGGGCCUCUGACCUACGUCCUGAACGGGGAGCUGAUCACGGAGCCCCGCCCCCCGCCGCCGCCCCAGCCGCUGGCCGCCCACCCGUCCCAGGCCUCCUUCGUGUCGGCGCUGGCCAUGGAGGAGGAGAGUUCUGUGGAGGUGGAGAAGACGGCCGAGCCCGGCCUGGUGACCCGGCAGCCUCACGUCAUGGCCUGCUACCAGAACUACCUGGCCCACUACCAGGUGUCUAACUGGUCCAUCAAGCAGCCGACCAACAAGAGAACCUCCAAAUCAUCUCUGCACCGGCCGCUGGACCUGGACACACCCACCAGCGAGGAAAGCUCCGCCUCCUUCGACCAGCUGGCCGUGCCCGGCUUCAAGGUGAUCAAGCCGGGCCUGUCAGCCACCUCCCUGCUGGACCGCGGGCUCCAGCUGAUGGGCGACAACACCAGCACCCCGUACACGCCGCUGGAUAAAAGAGCCAUGGAGAACACGGACGAGGACACGACGACGGACGACUGGUCGCUGGAGCAGCCGCUGGCUCAGACCAGAACCACGGCCAUCGUGGAGGUGAAAGGCGCCGUCAACGUGGUUCUGACGCCGCUGGUGGCCGAGUCCCUGGACAGAUACAUCGAGUCCAUGGUCCACUUCGCCAGCAUCCGGCACCCAGCGGCCAUCUUGGACGACCUGCACAGUAAUGUGCUGAGCGAGGCGUAUCAGAUCAGCAAGUCCACGGUGGCCGAGUCGAGUCAGACGGCCAAGCCGGAGCAGAAGCUGUCCAAGCCGGACGCCACCACCCUGACCUCCAGCGGACAGACGGAGCUGUCCGUCAAGCCCGACAACGUCAAGAUAAAGGGGCUCCAGGCCAACGUCUCCAUCCCAAAGGUGAACCUUUGCCUCCUGCAGGCCUCCGUAGAGGAAAGCUCCCCGUCCGCUAAAUGCGUCCCACACGUGUCUCUGGUGGCGCUGUGCUUCGACCGGAUCGCCACCCAGUUCAGGAUGAACCGGGGGAUCGUUGAGGAGACGCCGAACGUCACUGAAAAUGGCCGACCAUCCAUCAUGUUAGAGAAGUACGCGUCGGCCACCAAGAUGCAGCCGCAGUCGUCCGGGUCGCUGCGCUCCAACGCCGGCAUCGAGAAGGGCAAAGAGAUCGCCGCUAGGCUGAACGUCCACCGGAUCCACAGCCAGCUGCGCGGACUGGACUCCACAGAUGUGGGGACAUUCGCCAUCACCGCCAUCCCGUUCGAGAAGUCCAAGGUUCUGUUCGGCCUGGAGGACCUGGACGAGUUCUCCCUGGUGGACGAGACAGACGGCCAGGCGGCGCCGAGCGACCCGACUCGCACCACUGCCUCGCUGGAGAAAUGGGGCUGGAUCAUGUUUGAAUGCGGCAUCGAGAACCUCACUGUCAAAGGCGGCCAUCAGUCCGGCGCCGUCCUCUACAAUGCCUUUGGCGUCAUGGGACACUUGGACGGCGGCGGGAAGACCGGGACCGGCAAAUCCAACGGCUCCACAGGAUCCCAGACCGGAAGCGGCUACAGCACCGACGUUUCCGACGACAACCUGCCCAACGACGUCAUCAGCCCCAACUCUGACGCCAACGACAACUCAGACUCGGACGAGCAGGAUGAAGGCGUGGAGUCUGACGACCUGAAGAAAGAUCUACCCCUGAUGCCGCCGCCGCCCGACUCCAGCAGCAUGAAGCUAACCAUCAGGGAGAUCUGGUUCAGCUUCGCUGCUCCCACCAACGUCCGCUCAGCCUCCCAGACCAUGUCCAGGCAGCUGAACCUGCUCAGUACCGCCACCCCGGCCAUCGGCGCCUGGCUCGUCCCCAUCGACCAGCUCAAGUCGUCGCUACGGAAACUGGACAUGGAGGGAACACUACGCGUCUGCGCUGUAAUGGGCUGCAUCAUGACGGAGGCUCUGGAGAAGAAGAGCAUCCACAUCCCAAUCCGCAGCAAGUACAACCGGGUGACGAAGCGCGCCCGCUACCUGCACGAGAACCCGUCCUGCAUGCUGUGCAACAUCCUGCACCGCUACCUGCAGCAGGCCGACUACGCCGUCAUCGAGGAGGCCACCAUGAACGACGGUGUUCCGGCCCUGGUGACGCUGAAGAAGGGUCUGGUGGCUCUGGCCCGACAGUGGAUGAAGUUCAUCGUUGUGACUCAGGGCUUCAAGGCCAUCGGCCUGAUGGGACCCAGCCAGAUCGCCAAGCCCAAAGAGGCUCAGCAGAACCAGCCCGACCCGGUCCUGGGCCUGGAUAACGGCGCCGCGCUGCACAGCGACACCAGCGCCGAUGGAGCAGAGUUUGAGUUUGACGCAGCCACAGUGAGUGAACACACCAUGCUGCUGGAAGGAGCCUGCAGUCGCCCCCCGCCCAAGGAGGCCAGCACCGGCCCGGUCAGCGGCGUCGAGAUCAUGAGGAAGCUUUCCAAGUCCCACACACACAACGAGUCUGCCCACAGGAUAAAGGGUUCGCAUCCCUACCAGUCGCUGAGCUACACCAGCGGCGACACGGCGGCCGACUCACCGGCCCAUGUGAGCCGCGCCGGCGGGCCGCCAGCCAGGGACAGCCCGCGCAAGGAGAGCCUGCUGAGCAACCUGACAGGCAGCUUCCGCAGCCUGCACAACCUGCUGGAGGGAACGCCGCAGCGGAGCGACACGGCCGCCGCCGCCGCCGCCAAGAGUGGCUCCCUCACACGCACAGGGACGGACAUGCUGACUGAACAUCCGCUGCUGUCUGAACCGUCCUCCGUCAGCUUCUACAACUGGAUGUCCAACGCCGUGGGGAACCGGGCCGGCGCCGCAUCCCACGACUCCCCACUCAACCGCUUCCAGCCAGGCGGAACCUGCACCCUGCCCACCAUCCCCUCAGCGUCGGACUUCAACACGGUUCUGUCCAGCGACCAGAACACACUGGAUGGGACGCACUCCCAGCACAGCACCAGUCAGGACGACCUGGUGGACGUGGAGGAGGGGAACCAGUGUCCUGCUGCCGUGCAGCUGGCCGACGCUCAGGUUGUCUUCAAGCCCUUGCUGAACUACAUUGGCAUCCAGGCGCAGGACGCCACUCCCCUGAGCUACAAGAUGUACUUUGGAGAACAUUUGUCGUUUUCGGGCAACCUGGAGUGUCUGCGAGCCGACAUUGUGGACUCAGAUACGACCAAGGAGCGGAAAAAUAAAAAGUCCAGGAGGCAGGGCACAGUCAACCUUCCCCCGCUGGAGUUCAAGCCCGCCCUGCUAAUCGAGACCUUCAGCGUCAAUGCCGUGGUGAUUGAGAAGUCCGCCAGCGCCCCCCAGGGGGCGCCGCUCUCCUUCCACGACCUGAACCGCCGCCACUACAACACCUUCCACUGCGACUUCACCACGGCCUGCCAGGCCAUCAGCCAGCGCGUCGACAUGGCGCUGGUGCGCCUCAUCCACCAGUUCAGCACCAUGAUCGACGACAUCAAGGCCACGCAGACUGACAUCAAGCUGAGCCGCUACACCGCCGGCUCCACCUCCCCCACCCCCACCUUCAGGGCCCGCCCCUACCGCCACAUCCUGUCCUCCGACUUCAGCCGCAGCUCCCGCGGCAGCCUGAACGGCGCGGGCCGCGGCGCCACGCAGACGCUGAAGAGCAAGAGAGCAGGAGGAGGGCCGCCUUCCAACGGGCCGCCCUCCAGCAUCGACACGCUGGGGCGGCGAGAACCCCGAGGACGCAGCUCGCUGGGGCGCUCGGAGCGCCGCACCUCCAAGGUAUCCAGAAAGGGCUCCCGGGACGUGGCGGACCACAUGCCGAUCCAGAUGGACGACUCGGACUCCAUCACAGUGUCGGAGCAGAGCGAGCCGUCGGCAGAGUGCUGGCAGAACAUGUACAAGCUGCUCAACUUUUACUCCCUGAUCUCCGACCCGACCGGCAUCCUGGAGAAGAGUUCACCGGAGAACUGCAUCUCAGAGGGUGGGUGGCGCCCGUCGGAGUCGCUCUGUAAGGUCAUCUUUGAGAACGAGAACGAGCAGCCAGCGACGCCUGGCAGGCCGCCCGGGGCGGCAGCGGCAGGUGGGCGGCGGCGCAGCCUGGUGAGCUGCGAGCCGCAGCACGUCACCCUGAUCGUGUUCGGCAUCGGCAUGGUGAACCGCACUCACCUGGAGGCCGACAUCGGCGGCCUGACCAUGGAGGCGGAGCUUAAGAAGAUCCACGGGUCGUUCACACUGAAGGAGAAGAUGAAGGAUAUUCUCCACCAGAAGAUGACGGAGACGUGCGCGUCGGCUCACAUCGGAGGAGUGAACAUCGUUCUGUUGGAGGGAAUCACGCCGGACAUUCAACUGGAGGACUUCCCCACGUCUCCCACCAGCACGGCUAAGCAGGAGUUUCUGACCGUCGUCAAGUGCACCAUCGCCAAGUCGCAGGCGCUGUACAGCGCCCAGCGGGGCCUGAGGACCAACAACGCCGCCGUCUUCAAGGUGGGCUCCAUCAUGAUCAACAUCCCGCAGCAUCCGGCCACGCUGCACAGCAUGAUGGUCCGCAGCUCCCACCAGCUCUCCAAGCAGAUCUCCGACCUCAUCCGCCAGCCCGCCAACGCCCAACCGAACCGUGAGGACACGCCGACCCCCCAGCCGCCGGACAAGGCGUCCAGCAUCAACCAGACGCCGGUGGAGGCCAACGAGUUCCCCCAGCUGCCGGAGGGCCUGGAGAAAAAGCCCAUCGUCCUCAAGUUCAGCGCCAUGAUGGACGGCAUCACCAUCGGCGCCGCCCUGCUGCCCUCGCUCAAAGCAGAGUACAAGAUGGGGGCGGUGAAGAGCCACGGCAUGACAGGAGCUCAGACGAGCUUCACCUUCGAGCUGCCGAACCACAAGCUGUGCUUCCAGUCCAAGGUGUCCCCAGUGGACAUGUCCACCAUGUCCCCGUCCGCCAGCCUGUCCCUGCCGCCCAUCACCAUGUCGGGGGAGUACAUCAUGGAGGACCACGAGAGCCACUCCGACCAGAGCUGGGCCCCCGACGACUUCCCGGCCAAGCAGGGCAACUACCUGCAGGGCAACUACCUGCGAUGCGUCGCUGAGAUCGGCUCGUUUGAACACAACCUGACGACGGACCUGCUGAACCACCUGGUGUUCCUGCAGAAGGUCUUCAUGAAGGAAGUCAACGAAGUCAUCCAGAAGGUUUCAGGAGGCGAACAGCCGAUCCCUCUGUGGAACGAACCUGACUCGUCCACGGACGCAGACAAGCCCAAGAUCCUGCUCUACUCCCUCAGCCUGAUGUUCAAGGGGAUCCAGAUGACGGCCACCACGCCGUUGAUGCGGGCCGUGCGCUUCGAGACGGGCCUGAUCGAGCUGGAGCUGUCCAACCGGAUCCAGUGCAAGGCUCAGCCCGGAGGCAGCAGCAGCUACCUGAAGCUGUUCGGCAAGUGCCAGGUGGACCUGAACCUGGCGCUGGGGCAGAUCGUCAAGCACCAGGUUUACGAAGAGGCCGGCUCAGACUUCCAUCAGGUGGCGUACUUCCGGACCCGGAUCGGUCUGAGGAACGCGCUGCAGGAGGAGAUCAGCGGCUCGUCGGACAAGGAGGCGGUUCUGAUCACUCUGAACCGGCCCAUCGUGUUCGCUCAGCCGGUGGCGUUCGACAAAGCCGUGCUCUUCUGGCUGAACUACAAGGCGGCGUACGACAACUGGAACGAGCAGCGGCUGGCGCUCAACAAGGACAUCCACGUAGCCACCAAGGAGGUGGUGGACAAGCUGCCGGGCAUCCAGCAGACCUCGGCCCAGGCCUUCAGCACCCUGUUCCUGCAGCUCACCGUCAACGACCUGGGCAUCUGCCUGCCCAUCACCAACGCUUCACAGGCCAACCACAGCAUCGACUUCGACACGGGCUCGGCUCUGGUUCUGACCAUCGAGAGCACGCUGAUCACCGCCUGCUCCUCCGAGUCUCUGGUGAGCAAAGGUCACUUCAAGAACUUCUGCAUCCGCUUCGCCGAAGGCUUCGAGACGUCCUGGGACGACUGGAAGCCAGAAAUCCGGGGAGACCUCGUCAUGAACGCAUGCGUCGUCCCUGACGGGACGUAUGAAGUCUGCUCCAGGACCACCGGCCAGCUGUCUGCAGAGAGCAGCAGCGCCGGGACCUGGACGCUCAACGUUCUGUGGAAAAUGUGCGGCAUCGACGUCCACAUGGACCCGAACAUCGGCAAGCGGCUGAACGCCCUGGGCAACACGCUGACGUCGCUGACGGGGGAGGAGGACGCCGACGACAUCACCGACCAGAACUCGGUGAACAUGGGCGACCUGUCGGACGAGGACGAAGCCGACACCAUGUCGCCCACCAUCCACAUGAGCUGUGAGGCGCCGUUCAGCCCCCGGCUGACCCUAAAGAGACGCCUGGUGAACCACAUCCUGGGCCUCAGCCCCAGGCCGCAGAGCGUCUCUGCAGACGGCUCCGACGCCGGCUCCCCGUCCGGGGCCCGGACCCAGAGGCCCCUCUCCUGGGCCUGCGUAUGUAGAACCACUCUGGGUCUGCCGGGUUCACAUGGAGCUUCUGGUCCCAGAAUAGGCGGUUUCGGUUCCCCAGGCAAUGAUGGUGGUGGAGGGUCUUCCAAUCAAUCGCUCAUCAAUCUUCCAAUUGAUCCAGUCGCGUUUCGGGUUUCAGGUGACGUGUUGAUGGGCGUUCGGUUCCGACGGGCUGACGGUCCGCUCUGCUCCCUGCAGGAGAACUUUGACCCCCGGCGGCCGGCGAUGUCCGGCUUGGUGCUGGACGCCCGCGGCAGGAAGGUCACCAAGAGGGUGGUGGACAUCCGGGAGCUGAACGAACAGGCCAAGGUCAUCGACGACCUGAAGAAGCUGGGCGCCAGCGAAGGAACCAUCAACCAGGAGAUCCAGCGCUACCAGCAGCUGGAGUCGGUGGCGGCCCAGGACAUCAGGAGAGACGUCAGGAAGAAGCUGCGCCGCUCCAGCAUGAGGGCCGCCUCCCUGAAAGAUAAGUGGGGCCUCGGCUACAAACCCAGCUACAGCCGCUCCAAAAGCAUCUCGGCGGCGGCGGGCCGGCCGCCUCAGAAACGGAUCGAACGCCAGAGCUCUAAGGUCGGGGAUGUGGAUGAUUUCCCAGAAGUCCGUGUGGACGUGUCGGCUCCUUCGCCUCGCGUCACCUUCAACAUCCAUGACCAGAAUAAAGUUCAGCUUCUGGACUCUGAACGUUCACCUGUCAGCCCAGCAGAGAUAUUCAAGGAAACAAAAUCCACUCUGAUCAGCUCUUCUGAGGAAAGUGACCCUGGUUCACAGCAGAGAGCAGCGGCAGAGUCGCCUGCAGAGCCGCAGCAGGACACAGGGACUCAAACGGCAGGCGGGUCAGGGACAGCCGAGGCGUCGGUCGCUCAGUUUCCCGAGGAGUCCGAGUGCGACCUGUUGUCCAUCACCAUCGACGACUCAUCCCAUCCUCAUCAUCACCUUCACCUCCAUCCUCCAUCCUCUGCGGAGGGCCAGCAGUCAGUGUUCAGUGCCCCCGCCACGCCUGCCGUCUUCUCACCCGUCGUUCCCUUCCAGCACUACGACUCCAGACGCGACGACCUGUCCUCUUCGUCCUCCGAGGACUCUGAGAAGGAGGACGAGUUCGAGAGACCGCCCAGCUACCGCCGGCCGCUCCAUCCGUCCCAUAAGAAGCCGUCGGGCUUCUCGGCCGUCAGCCAGCUGUUCAGCGAACGCUGGCCAGGUACGCCGGGCAGCCGCAGCUUCAGCAGCCCGGCGCCGGAGAAGAACAUCGACUUCGAGCUGGACGUGCGCGUGGAGAUCGACAGCGGGAAGUGCGUCCUUCACCCCACCACUCCACAGUCGGAGCAUGAGGACGUCACCAUGCGCAGGAGCUGCGACCGCAUCCAGAGGAGUCUGGACCAGGAUUCUCCUCCCAAGAAGAAAAAGCUGCAGCCAUCCUACAGCUCCUCCACUCACCUGCUGGCCGGGAAGAAAGGCCCUGCCACCCUGCAGACCAAGUCCAACGACCUGGAGACGACGGUGUUCUACAUCCCCGGUGUAGACGUGAAGCUGCACUACAACUCCAAGACACUGAAGACGGAUUCUCCCAAUGCCUCGCGGGGAUCCUCCCUGCCCCGCACGCUCUCCAAAGAGUCCAAGCUAUAUGGUAUGAAUGAAAGCGGCCCAAACCCGCCCAAUGCUGUCCACUGCAAGACUAACUCGCUCCUACCUCCCCUGCCCCCACCUGUUGUUGCAGCCAAAGGGAAAGGCGUUAGUGGGGUGAAGACAGCCAAGCUGUACGCCUGGGUGGCGCUUCAGACUCUACCGGAGGAAAUGGUCAUCAGUCCAUGUCUGCUUGACUUCCUGGAAAAAGCUCUGGAGACCAUUCCCAUCACGCCGGUGGACCGGAGCUACACAGCCACGGCAACCCAGGAGGAGGACAUGGGUCAGUUCGACUCGGUGGACCCGCUGGAGGAGUCCACCGCCUCGCUGGUCUCCUCCUCCACCUCGGCCUACUCCUCGUUCCCGGUGGACGUGGUCGUCUACGUCAGAGUUCAGCCCUCUCAGAUCCGGUUCAGCUGCCUGCCCAUGUCCAGGGUGGAGUGCAUGCUGAAGCUGCCGUCGCUGGACCUGGUGUUCUCCUCCAACCGCAGGGAACUGGAGACGCCCACAGGAACCAACCCCACAGACGGGCCGCACGCGCCGUCCUCCACCCCGCCGGGGCAACACGGCCCCAAGCUGCCCCCCAGCAGAGCGUCUCCCCAGCUGGGCAGCCCGCUGGGCCGAAGCCGCCACAGCAGCAGCCAGUCGGACCUGACCGGGCCGCCCAGCAACUCGUCCGGCCUGAGCUUCACCGCCUGUAUGUCGGACUUCUCCCUCUACGUGUUCCACCCGUACGGCGCCGGGAAGCAGAAAUCGGCCGUCACGGGCCUGCCUCCGGGCCCGGGCCCGCUUGACGAUGAGCCGUCGUCGGUGACGGGCCGGAAGGACUCACUGUGCAUCAACCUGGAGUUCGUGAAGGUCAGCCUGUCGCGCAUGAGGCGCACCGGAGCGCCGACCUUCAUCGAGAGCUUCGUCUCCAAGGGAGGCAAGAUGGACACCACCCUGAUCAACAUCUCAGCCGUGUGUGACAUCGGGUCGGCUUCCUUCAAGUACGACAUGCGGCGCCUGAGCGAAAUCCUGGCAUUCCCCCGGGCCUGGUACCGCCGCAGCAUCGCCAGGCGCCUCUUCCUGGGAGACCAGACCAUCAACCUGCCGCCCUCGGGUCCCACCACCCCGGACUCGGUAGAGAGCAUCGCCCAGCACCUGUCGCCUGAGUCCAGCCGGAAGGCGUACUGGAGGACGUGGGACGGCGGUUCGGCAGCGACGCAUGCGCCGCACUCGCCCAACGUGUUCUCGGAGCACGUCAACAUGUCGCCCGGCGGCCUGGGCCACCUCAAGUCCCCGGCACCCGGCCGCACCCGCAGCGUGUCCGACUCGUCCGCCCCCAGGACCGAGCCCGUGGCCAAAACUUCGACGCCCGCCUUCGCGAAGAACGGGAAGUUGGCCGGCCAGCAGGGGUCGCCGUGGGAGACGCUGGUGGUUUUUGCCAUCAACCUGAAACAGCUGAUCGUCCAGAUGAACAUGAGCAACGUCAUGGGCAACAACACCUGGACCACCAGCGGCCUGAAGAGCCAGGGCCGCCUGUCGGUGGGCAGCAACCGCGACCGCGAGAUCAGCAUGUCGGUGGGCCUGGGCCGCUCAAAGCUCGACUCCAAGGGCGGCGUGGUGGGCGGCAACAUCGACGUCAACACCCUGGAGAUGGUCGCCCACAUCUCGGAGCAUCCCAACCAGCAGCCCGGCCACAAGAUCCAGAUCACCAUGGGCUCCACGGAGGCGCGGGUCGACUACAUGGGCUCCAGCAUCCUGAUGGGCGUGUUCAGCAACGCCGACCUGCAGCUGCAGGACGAGUGGAAGGUCAACCUGUGUGCGGUGGACAGCAGCCUCUCCGAGAAGAGUGAGAUCUUUGUGCACGGAGACUUGCAGUGGGACGUCUUCCAGGUCAUCAUCUCUCGCUCCACAACGCCUGAUCUCAUCAAGAUCGGCAUGAAGCUCCAGGAGUUUUUCACCCAGCAGUUCGACACCAGCAAGCGGGCGCUGUCCACCUGGGGCCCCGGGCCCUACCUGCCCCCCAAAACGCCCGUCAUCAGCGCCGAGAAAGGAGCUGCGGAGCUCUAUGUGGACGCCGCCCAUCACCGCCACUGGCCCGGCGUGCUGAAGGUUGUCGCCGGCUGCCACAUCUCCCUCUUCCAGACGCCACUCCCCGAAGACGCCGUGCAGCUCGGCGGCUCCAUGAGUCUCCAUGGCAACCACACGACGCUGGCCUGCUUCCACGGGCCCAACUUCCGGUCCAAGUCCUGGGCCCUGUUCCACCUGGAGGAGCCCAACAUCGCCUUCUGGACCGAGGCGCAGAAGAUCUGGGAGGACGGCUCCAGAGACGACUCCACCUACAUCGUGCAGACACUGGACUUCCAUCUUGGACACAACACCAUGGUAACGAAGCCGUGCGGCGCCCUGGAGAGUCCCAUGGCGACCAUCACCAAGAUCACGCGCGGUCGCCACGAGAACCCGCCGCACGGCGUCGCCACGGUGAAGGAGUGGUUCAACUACGUCACCGCCAUGCGGAACAAAGAGCUGAACCUGCUGCGUAACGUGGACUCCAGCAGCGAGCAGAACGGCGAGGCGGCGCGGACCUCCAGCCUGCUCAGCAGCUUCCGGGGUUCGCACGCCUACGACCACGAGACCGAGACCAUCUUCGCCCUACCCAGAAUGCAACUGGACUUCAAGUCCAUCCAUGUGCAGGACGCCGACGAGCCGACACUGAGCGACACCGGCGGUAAGCCGAAGGUGGAGUGCAGCAUGGUGACGGAGUUCACAGACCACAUCUGCGUUACCAUGGACGCAGAGCUCAUCAUGUUCCUGCACGACCUGGUGUCCGCCUACCUGAAGGAGAAGGAGAAAGCGCUCUUCGCCCCGCGGCUGCUGGUCGCCCGGCAGGGCCAGAAGAGCCCCACGGCGCCGCAGGACGACAGCGCCGCGCAGAGCGAACGCGACGACACCGUCAACUACACCGCCGUGGACUGGAGGGAGUUCAUGUGCAACACCUGGCACCUGGAGCCCACCCUCAGGUUGAUCUCCUGGACCGGCAGGAAGAUCGACCCGGUCGGGGUGGACUACAUCCUGCAGAAGCUGGGCUUCCACCACGCCCGCACCACCAUCCCCAAGUGGCUGCAGCGCGGCAUCAUGGACCCGCUGGACAAGGUUCUGUCGGUUCUGAUCAAGAAGUUGGGCGCCGCCCUGCAGGACGAGAAAGACAGGAAGGGGCGGGACAAAGAGGAGCACUGAGGGAGAGACUGGGACCCAACUGGAAACCAAACGGGAUCUAACUGGGAGAUUCGGCUGGAACCCAACAGAGACCUAGCUGAGAUGUAACUGGGACCCACAGGAACAAACCAAUACCCAACUGGGAGAUCCAGCAGAGAUACUACAGGGAUCCAACUGGAAUUGAACUGGGACCCAUCCGGACUGAUUACUCUGACCACUCUUCAUCCAGAACCACGCUGCUGCUGCUAGCAUCAUCAACCUGAUGGACGGUCUAGUUCAUGUAAACACACCUUGGCCUUUUCUUUGUUUCCCAUGGAAGACGAUCAGGCAUGCUUCAUGUAGGAUAGUGACCAUCAGCAGUUGCUCCUCAGACCUCACCAUGAUUGUUUUAAUUCUUUAUUUAUGAGAUGUGGGAACGCUACGUGAUUCUGGUGUUGUAGCUUGGUCCGUUUUUUAAUCCGCAGUAGAACCAAUGUACAUAGAUCCGUUUCUUAAGUGUGUUGAUUUCUUAACGUAAUAAAACCAUUUCCAUUCA